CAUGUGUGGCAACAUGGCGGGGGCGUACCACAAGCAUCUGAUGGAGUUGGCACUUCAACAGACUUACCAGGACACCUGCAACUGCAUCAAGUCGCCAAUUAAACUGGAGUUUGAGAAGAGACAACAGGAGCGUCUCUUGUUGUCCCUGCUGCCAGCUCACAUUGCCCGUGUGAUGAAAGCUGAGAUCAUCCAGAGACUAAAGGGCCCCAACUUCGGCCAGAUUGAAAACACGAACAAUUUUCACAACCUCUAUGUACAGAGGCACACCAACGUCAGUAUACUGUAUGCGGAUAUAGUUGGAUUCACACGGCUGGCCAGUGACUGCUCCCCAGGAGAGCUGGUGCACAUGCUGAAUGAGCUGUUUGGAAAAUUUGAUCAAAUUGCCAAGGAAAAUGAAUGUAUGCGAAUCAAAAUCCUUGGCGACUGUUACUACUGUGUGUCCGGCCUGCCAGAGUCCCUGCCCAACCACGCUAAGAACUGUGUGAAAAUGGGUCUGGACAUGUGUGAGGCCAUUAAGAAAGUGCGAGAUGCCACCGGGGUGGACAUUAACAUGCGGGUCGGUGUGCAUUCUGGGAAUGUGUUGUGUGGGGUAAUUGGACUUCAGAAAUGGCAGUAUGAUGUGUGGUCACAUGAUGUCACGCUGGCUAAUCACAUGGAAGCAGGAGGUGUUCCAGGGCGAGUACACAUCACCUCAGUGACACUAGAGCACCUGAAUGGAUCCUAUAAGGUGGAAGAUGGGGAUGGGCAAGAAAGAGACCCCUAUCUAAAGGAACAUGGAGUCAUCACUUUUUUUGUCAUCAACCCAAAGGUGGAGCGUCGGAGCCCACAGUAUCAGUACCGACCCAGGAACACUGUAGACGGAGCCAAAAUGAGGGCCUCCGUCAGGAUGACCCGCUACCUGGAGUCCUGGGGAGCAGCCAAGCCCUUCGCCAACCUGCACCACAGAGACAGCAUGACUAAUGAGAACGGGAAGAUCAACACCGCUGAUGUGCCAAUGGGCCAGUAUCACUUCCAGAGGAGAUCAGAAAGAACAAAGUCUCAGAAGAAACGUUUUGAGGAGGAACUUAAUGAGAGGAUGAUCAGGACCUUUGACGGGAUUAACUCACAAAAGCAGUGGCUCAAGUCUGAGGACAUCCAAAGAAUAUCGUUAUUCUUUCACAGCAAAUCCUUGGAGAAGGAGUACAGAGCAACAACCUUGCCGGCAUUCAAAUACUAUGUCACCUGCGCCUGCUUGAUCUUUUUCUGCAUAUUCAUUGUGCAGAUUCUCGUCCUUCCAAAGACAAUUGUCUUGGGAAUAUCCUUUGGAAUGGCUUUUAUUAUCCUGUCCUUGAUCCUCUUCAUAUGUUUUAUAGGACACUUCCUGCACUGCAGUAAAAGCUCCUCUACCUCUUGGAUGUGGCUGCUGAGGUCAUCAGUCAUUAUUGCCGACAAGCCAUGGCCUCGUAUCACUCUCACCAUGACAACCACAGCUCUGAUACUCAUAAUGGCGGUCUUCAACAUGUUCUUUUUGGAAGACAAUUCAUUGCCCCGCGUUCCUGUAAACAAUUCAUCCAAUGAAACACUGUUUUACCCAAAUGGACAACUCAUGGUCAACACAGACAAAAACAACUUCUACCUUCCUUAUUUCAUUUAUAGUUGCAUUCUGGGCCUCAUCUCUUGCUCUGUAUUCCUGAGGAUAAACUAUGAGCUGAAGAUGAUUAUCAUGCUGACAGCCGUGGUGGUUUACAACGUCAUUAUUCUACAAACACAUGCCUCUCUGCUGGAUGAAUAUAGCAGAUUUCUGUACAAGACAGAAAGCCUGGACAGACCAGGAGUUCUCAAAGACUUGAAGACUAUGGGCUCUAUCUCCCUCUUUAUCUUCUUCAUCACUCUGCUUGUGCUUGCCAGACAGAAUGAAUAUUACUGUAGGUUAGACUUUCUGUGGAAGAACAAGUUCAAGAAGGAGUGCGAGGAGAUUGAAACGAUGGAGAACCUCAAUCGGGUUUUGCUGGAGAACGUUCUGCCGGCACACGUUGCAGAACAUUUCCUGGCACGCAACUGGAAGAAUGAAGAUCUGUACCACCAGUCCUAUGACCUGGUGUGUGUCAUGUUCGCCUCCAUCCCAGACUUUAAAGAGUUCUACACCGAGUCUGACGUCAACAAAGAGGGAUUAGAGUGCCUCAGGCUCCUCAACGAAAUCAUUGCUGAUUUUGACGAGCUGUUGUGUUUGUAUUUGUGUGUGUAGCUGCUGUCCAAACCCAAAUUCAGUGGCGUUGAAAAGAUCAAGACUAUU